AUGGUCGGUCGUAGGGAAGGAAGAAAUGUUACAAAACAGCAAACCCCUGGGAAGUUGGAGAGCCCAGCUCCCCGGGACGCGCGCCCCCGCGGACGCCCCGCGCACCGCCCGCGGGACCCGCCUCCUCCCCGGACGCCCCCCUCCGCCCGCUCCGUCCAGCCCUGCGCCCCGCGGCCUUUCAGGAAUCCGGCGAGCGCCCUUGUGUCCACGGAGAUCAACGCGGACUCAGAAGGGGUACGAACGAACACAGCAUCGGGGGAAACACUCCGGAGAGGAUUCGCCCCCGCGAUUAAAUAG